AUGGUGCGGAAAGCGGACAACAAUGCCGAGGCUGACGCAGAAGAGGACGACGCCGGCGCGAAACGUGCUCCGGAUGACGCACCGGUCACGCGCGAGGAUCUGAAUAGCAUGAGGGAGCUCCAUGAAGCCACGGCACGUGCGAUUGCAAGGCUGGAGACAUCUUUCCUUGCGAAACCCAAGGAUGACAUCAACAAUAAGAAGAGGAGGAGGCGAAAGCGCGGCUCCGGCAAGGGAAAGCGCCAGAAGGCGCGGCGGUCACGCUCCACGUCCGAGACAGCGUCCGAUGAGGAGGGGGGCUUCGACGACGAGAACGAGGGCCACCUUCGACACUCAACAUCUGCCAUUAUGCAGGAGCCGCUCGACCUCCUCCCGACCGACAAAGGCUGGAAGGCUCGCACCGAGCUGUUCAUUCGGCGCUCCAACUCGCAGUUGGCGUUCUACCCCAGCAGCGCAGCCAAGACAUGGGCCAUUUGCGCAGUCGUGGAUAACCUGACUGUGAGCUAUGCAAGCGUUGCUCUCGCGGCGUGCAAGGCACGUCGGAUCGACCUGAACAGGUCGUUCAGCGACUGGAAGACUGGUGCGGCAGGGAGAGUCCGCGACAUCUCGCUGCCUAGGAUUGGACUGUUCCGCCACGACCGAGACAUGAAGAGUCCCUGGGCGACACGGGCCAGGCGCACCCUGUCCCGAAUCCGAGAUAGGGUCGGCCUUGGAGACAUGCCGGCAGGUAAGCUGGCACUGUCUCAUUGGAGUUGCGACCGUGACGGGAUGCCGUUCGCGUUUGGGGCGUUUACAGCAUGCGCGCGGGCGGCGUUCAAGCCAAGGAUGGUGAACGGGACUGUGACACUGAAGCUAUACCACGUGGCAUGGCUAGAGCACGUGGUACGCCGGCACUGUGCAGCUUUACAGGGUUUAAAAUAUCAGGGAGAGAGUCCUCAUGCGCGCCUGUAUGUGGAUUGCCGUGCGCAGGUGACAGAUGCAGUCAAGCACUGGGAGGCUCGCCAGGGUCGCUUCUACAACUCCGCAAGCACCAACGCGCAGAUCGUGGACGGCCUCCACGUCAUCGUACAGGCAGCGGUUAGGGGGGCCAUCGCGGAUUUCCAGCCCGCCUAUGACGAGGCGUCCCAGAGCUGGGCGUGGGGCCGCCAUGGUCUGCGCAUCUCGGCGGACGGCAUCGCGGCUGCCGACGUAGUGACCGCGGAGGCAAGCGUCAGUCGCGGGUCUCGGCAGGCAUAA